GUCUGACGUCUGUUCAAUCACACGCAGAUAGCGGCAGGUUGUGCGGCCCUCAUUAGUCUCCUCCACCAGCCGUCCGCCAUCGAUGUCGUUCGUCUUCACAGCGAUGACGAAUACGCGCAAUGCAGCGAAGGGGAAAAGGGGGAGGGAGUCUAAUCAGGGCGAAACUGCUACCGCCGUAAAGCGGGGGAGGCAUCAGGUGAAGAAGGCGAAGGCAUCAGGCGGCGGCGCCCUGGUAAUUGGCAGGGCCGCGCGGGAAGAGUGGAUCACGGAGGGCAGCAACGACGAGAACGACGAUUUCGAAUCGGAGGCGGACACGUUUCAUGGCGUCAAAGGGAGCUCGCGCGAACAAACCGCCACGCGAAUGAUCAGCGGAGAUGAAGGGGGGAAAGGCGGCAUUGAAGGGGGAGGCUUGAACGUCACGCGUGGUGACAACGACGCAGGGGGCGACGUGGCAGCCUCUGGUGGUGGAAGAGACGAUCAGGGCCGCCAAUUGACGCCUACGACGCGCAACCCCGCGACGCCAGCAGCGGGACAGGCGAGAAGGGAGGAGGGGGCGGCGGUAACUGCAGCAAGCAGGCCCCAGCCCCCCGCGUGCAGAGGGGCGAAGGAUGUCGCGGCGGAGGGUGCCAUUGCGGGCACGUCGACGGGGGGAGCGGGAGGAGGCGGGGGCGACGGUCGUGAUGGUGAUGAUGACGACGAUCCGCUCAUCAACAGGCAGAGGCGAACGGGAGGCGUGGCGGCUCUGGAGACGAACGCAUGGCUGUGGGUCGACGAUCAUCGUUUCUGGAACGAGACGGAGGGGCAUGGGCUGGUGAAGAUGAUACAGGAAACUCGCUUGCACCUCCUGGCCAUCGCGAAGGGUGUGAAGCCGCCGGAGAUCAGAAAAAGCAUCGUGCUGCCUAACUCCAUGAUCCCUCUGCAGAAGAUGGAAGACGAGUCCGAGCUGCAGGCCGCCAAGGAGAGGGUUGGGAGGGUGCAGACGAUAGCGUUGCGCAUCAUCCACGGGUGGCUCUUCAAGUCCCCCAAUCGCGCAUGCGGUUAUCACUGCGCGUACGGGUAUGUGCUCAACCACGUGCCCACAGACCUGGGCCGCGCCAUGUGGUUGGGAGAGGACUCGCGUGUUUGCGUCAGUCCUGCUGUCGUCCACAACACUUUGGAGGCUCGUAUGAAGCUCCCCAUAUGGUACGUUGGUGGCAUCAUACACGACAGGCACGAGGACGACGAGAUGGCGUCGUAUCAGGAGUCAACAAUGCAGCGUCUUGUUGGAGCUUUCACUAAUGUUGUUGACGUGGGGGAGGGGGUGGACGGCGGGCGGAUUUCGUAUGAGAGGUUGAGGAACGUCGCGGACUGCAUGCGCCUUUUGCUGUCUGCCGCCAUGUGGAUCAUGCGGAUGGCGGGUGAUAGUCUGCGCUCUCACUACGAGGCCUCCCAUCUGAUGGAGGUAGUCGCGAAACCGACACUCAUUGCGUCGCUUCAUCGCUCGUUCCACGCGCGGUGCCAUGUUCUGCAGUGCGUGAACGCCGUGACGAAGAAAAUGGGAAAGCCCCCAAUGACGUUGGUGGACUCUCCUUUGUACAUCCCCGACUGGGUUUCGUGAGACUGGAUUGGAUGGGCACCGGACCACCCGAGAUUGACGACGAAGGGGAGGAGAAGGCAGACGAGGGGGAGGCGUGAACGCUGGUCGCGGACUGCAUGCGGCGACGGCGGUGAUGCGGAUGAUGGUGAUGAUGAUGGCGACGUCCCCAUAUGGUACGUUGGUGGCAUCAUACACGACAGGCACGAGGACGACGAGAUGGCGUCGUAUCAGGAGUCCACAACGCAGCGUCUCGUCGGAGCUUUCACUAAUGCUGUUGACGUGGGGGAGGGGGUGGACGGCGGGCGGAUUUCGUAUGAGAGGUUGAGGAACAUCGCGGACUGCAUGCACCUUUUGUUGUCUGCGGCCAUGUGGAUCAUGCGGAUGGCGGGUGAUAAUCUGUGCUCUCACUACGAGGCCUCCCAUCUGAUGGAGGUAGUCGCGAAACCGACACUCAUUGCGUCGCUUCAUCGCUCGUUCGACGCGCGGCGCCAUGUUCUGCAGUGCGUGAACGCCGUGACGGAGAAAAUGGGAAAGCCCCCAAUGACGUUGGUGGACUCUCCUUUGUACAUCCCCGACUGGGUCUCGUGCGGGACUGCAUGCGGCGACGACGGUGAUGCGGAUGAUGGUGAUGAUGAUGGUGACGAUGAUGAUGAUGGUGACGAUGAUGACGAACGCGGCGACGUUCAGACCAACAAUGCUGAUGAUGAAGACGGCGCCAACGAUGAUGAUGAUGGUGCUGACGACGACGACGACGAUGACGACGAUAACGAAGAUGGUGAUGAUGAUGAAGACGACGACGACGAUGAUGAUGAUGAUGAUGAUGAUGAUGAUGAUGAUGAUGAUGAUGAUGAUGAUGAUGAUGAUGAUGAUGAUGAUGAUGACAAAGACGACGACGACGAUGAUGACGACGGCGAUGAUGAUGAUGAUGAGGAUGAUGACGAGGAUGAUGAUGAUGAUGAUAAUGAUGAUAACAAUGAUGAUGAUGAUGAUGAUGAUGAUGAUGAUGAUGAUGAUGAUGAUGAUGAUGAUGGCGACAUUGAUGAUGAUGUCGAUGAUGAUGAUGCCGAUGAUGAUGAUGAUGGUGAAGAUGAUGAUGAUGAAGAUGAUGAUGCUGAUGAUGAUGAUGAUGAUGACGCAGACGGUCGUGUUUGGUGGUCGUCUACUGUGAGGACCGGUGCUCAUACACGUCGUCGCCAGAUCUCGCGGGCGUUCCGCAACCCAGUGCAGUGUAACUUUUUUUAGUGGACCACCGUUUUUGGCACGCCGCUGGUGCGGCGUUGAAAAUCUUUUUGAUGUUUAUGUACAGUGUCGUGUGCUUUAUAAUUUGGAAACGUGCUGUUCUACUUUCCUUCUCUUCAGCCCGGUUCGACACUUCCUUUCUUUUGUGUUGGCAUGCUUCCCAAACGCAAACCGAUCGAUCCUUCCCUUCCUUUGUAUAUUGUUUAUUUUAUUUCUAUUUGUUUUUUGUUUAUUUUAUUUGGAGGUUUUUUUUUUUUUUUAUGCUUCAGUUGUUUUCGGAAUUGUUUGUGAACAUAAAUCUGCGACGACCAUUGAUCAUUGUCGUUUGCAUAUCGUUGUAUUUUAUCACAACACACACUCAUACACCAAACAUUGGCAACCCUAGGACGAAGAGGCAGACGAAUGAAGGCAGACACAAAAC